GCACCACGUGGUACCCACCCGGCUCUGGAUUUUUCCUAGACACAGAGAGAGUAUGCUUAAUCUUGUAAGCAACAACAAUGCAAUAAUCUUUACACUUUGACAAAUCGGAACAGGGGAAAAAAGGUUGGUGGUGGGGCUGCCUUAUCAGUGAAUGGAGCAUCUUUUUCAACAUAGCACACGACAACGACCUUCUCCCCCUUUUGUUGUUACUAAAAUAUGCUGUUUUAAUUUAACUCGUCAAUCCGUCAUAUCUCCGAUCUCUUUGUUGUCCAACCUAUGAAGCAUCUCAAAGAGAUGGGAUUACCCCAUCAAAUGUAGCACAAGCUGCUGUUGGUAUAUCACUCUCUCUCUCUCUCUCGCCUGCCUGCAAGGUGAAGCUUGAUCCGGUAGCACUUCACUGCUCUGUAUGAAGGCUUCUUCUCUAACUGCAGAACAGCCAUGGCAAUUCCUGGGUGGAAAAAGGUGUCAAAUAGUAGCUUGCUUCUUUCUCGGUCUAGCCUCGCCUCGGUCGAAUCCUUAACCAUGCCUCUGGUCCAUGAAAUUGUUCUUCUAGCGGACUUCCGGUGCGCAAAAUGUCAGCAAAGGGUGGCCGACAUUAUUUCCAGAAUGAAAUGUGAACCGGAGUCAGUGGAGGUGAGUGUACUGGAGAAGAAGGUAACACUCACUUGUAGAUCAGUUACUCGUACCAUUGGUAAAAGUGCGCGCCCCCAUGGCAGCUCGAUGUAGUGCACCAGAAGCCACUGAACAAAGCUGCAACGAUCACGCGGCUGUUUCACUCUGCCUGUAGCUGAUUGUACGCGGCUGUUUCACUCUGCCUGUAGCUGAUUGUACGUACGUCAGCAAAAACAUAGUAGUAGCGGUACUCCUCAAAAUAUGUAUUAAGCUGAGUGAAAUAAAGCCAAGGUGCUGUUUGUGCUUGUAAAUAUUACACAUGAAUCCCAUUUCCACACUUGAUUGUAUUUCUCAAUGGGCGAAAAGUGCGAAUUUUAAUUGAAGACAGAAACAAAAAUCUGCUUGAGA